AUGGCUUCUCAUAUUGAACAAACUGCUAUCUUAGCUAAAUAUUUAGAUUUACCACAAAAGGGUAAGAUCUUAGCUGAAUAUGUAUGGAUUGAUGCUGAAGGUAACACUAGAUCCAAAUGUAGAACCUUAGCCAAGGCUCCACAAUCUGUUGAUGAUUUACCAGAAUGGAACUAUGAUGGUUCUUCUACUGGUCAAGCUCCAGGUCAUGAUUCCGAUGUUUACUUACGUCCUGUUGCUUACUACCCAGAUCCUUUCAGAAAGGGUGACAAUGUUAUUGUUUUAAAUGAAUGUUGGAACAAUGAUGGUACUCCAAACAAAUUCAACCACAGACAUGAAUGUGCUAAAUUAAUGAAGGCUCAUGCUGAAGAAGUUGUUUGGUUCGGUUUAGAACAAGAAUAUACCUUAUUCGAUCAAUAUGAUUACCCAUACGGUUGGCCAAAGGGUGGUUUCCCAGCUCCACAAGGUCCAUUCUACUGUGGUGUUGGUACCGGUAAGGUUGUUGCUAGAGAUGUUAUUGAAGCACAUUACCGUGCUUGUCUUUAUGCCGGUAUUAACAUCUCUGGUAUUAAUGCUGAAGUUAUGCCAUCUCAAUGGGAAUUCCAAGUUGGUCCAUGUGAAGGUAUUGAAAUGGGUGAUCAAUUAUGGGUUGCUCGUUAUCUUUUACAAAGAGUUGCUGAAGAAUUUGGUGUUAAGAUUUCCUUCCAUCCUAAACCAUUAAAGGGUGACUGGAAUGGUGCUGGUUGUCAUACUAAUGUUUCUACCAAGUCAAUGAGACUCCCAGGUGGUAUGAAAACUAUUGAAACUGCUUUAAGUAAAUUAGCCAAGAGACAUAAGGAACAUAUGUUAUUAUAUGGAGCUGAUAAUGAACAAAGAUUAACUGGUCGUCAUGAAACUGCUUCUAUCGAAUCAUUCAGUUCUGGUGUUGCCAACAGAGGUGCUUCAGUCAGAAUCCCAAGACAAGUUGCUAAAGAAGGUUAUGGUUACUUUGAAGAUAGAAGACCAGCUUCUAACAUUGACCCAUACUUGGUUACCGGUAUUAUGGUUGAAACCAUUUGUGGUUCUAUUCCAGAUGCUGAUAUGGCCAAGGAAUUCCUUAGAGAAUCUUCUUCAGAUGUUUAG